CAAGAAGGUUUGAUGCACUGAAAAAAAUAAUUGGCAUGUAUAUAUUAACAUAUGUGUAUGUCCUGUACGUGUGUCUAGUCUGAUAUGCCUAAAAAAUGGUUUACUUAAACGGAAAAAGUACCAAAGCUUAGGCUGGACAGUGACUGAUUGUUGGUGUGCUAUCAAACAAAUAUUUACAAGGUAUCACUUGACAGUAAUGAAACAUUUAUAAAUAACAUAAUCCCCCUAAACAGUGUGUUUAUAAGGGUUGUACUCCUGUGAAAGAGAAGAACACACUGUCGCAGCAACAGGAGUGAGUAAAUCCAGGAGUUUGUGGAAUGAAUGUAGCUUCAGCUCAUGACCUGGGCACAACAUGCCUGAAGGGCUGGAUGUACUUGUAAAUAAAUGUGUGUGUGUGUGUGUGUGUGUGACAGAUGGGGAAAGAGAGAGGGAGAGUGUAGGGCUUGCAAGUGCACACAAACAUACAUGCAUACACACACCAAACUGCACACACACCUGUUUGUUGGGGUAACACAAUGUCCCACCAUGAACCCGGCAUUCCAGCCAGGAAGCCACUGGGCUUGCAGCACUUCUGUACAAAGUGACACGCAGUCAGCCGAGUCAUCCGCCACUUUUCUUUUACGCCACAUUAUUAGUUAAAGUUAAAACGCUUUAGCUGUUCAAAAUUACUUGAUUGACUGUUGUUUUUCUUUUUGUGUCUUUGUACACUCUAUGCAAACACAGAUGGCAGAGGUUGUGCAGUGGGCAGCCAAUGUGAUGGAUAAAACAGGAAUAGAGAAGAAAGCUCAGGCAGAGGAGAGAGUGAGGAGGAUCUCCUCAGACCUACGCUGUGAGAUUCUGGACCUGAGCGCAGGAGAGAAUAUCACAGAGCUGUGCAAAAGGAAAAAGAAGAUCAAGAAGACAUACUCACCCAGAGCAUCUGUGGAAACCCCUGUAGUGAGCCACAAUUUUCAGAAACCUUAUCUUCAUGUGCACAGAGAUAUAAAAAUUGAAUCUCUUUCUCACUCCUGUCGCUCUGUGUUUCCAUGUGUAUGUAUGUGUGUGUUUCUGUGUGAACAGAUAGGGCCUGAGGAUACUGCAGAAUUCAUGAAUGCAGCCAGUCAAGGCAAACUGAAUGGGAUAAACAAGUAUCUGGCUGAUGGCGGGAACCCUAAUGUCCAUGAUGAGCUGAAGAGGACAGCGCUACACCGCGCCUCUCUGGAAGGACACACUGCGGUUGUCCAAAUGCUUUUAGAAAAGGGAGCCGAUAUCAACUUUAAAGAUCAACUGGGCUCCAGGGCCAUACACUGGGCCUGCAGAGGGGGAAGCCUGGGAGUUGUCAAAGCCCUGAAGAGCCACGGGGCUGACCUGAACAUAAGAGAUAAGUUGUACAGCACUCCUUUGCAUGUGGCCACGAGAACAGGCCACACUGCCAUUGUGGAGUACCUGCUGUCCUGUGGUGCUAAAAUCAACUCCAGGGACAGGGAAGGGGACACAGCCCUGCAUGAUGCUGUGCGUCUCAACAGAUACAAGAUAGUGAAGCUGCUCAUAGUUGCAGGGGCUGACACAAAAAUAAAAAAUCAUGAGGGAGUGACAGCUGUGCAGCAGGUAAAACAAUGGCAGUUUGACAUCAUGGAGACCCUGCAGAGACUGGAGAAGCUGAGGGAAGUGGGACUGGUGCCGCCUGAAAACACUUUGAGAGAGGAGUGAAUAGUGCAAAAGCUGCACAUCUGCUCAUACAGUAUAUUCAAUCAUGACUAUCUGUCUCAGGUUCUAAAUAUAUUCUGUAAUUCCACUGUAGGUCUAUGUACAUCAUAUUUAAGUAUAUGCAUUAGGCUAAAUGUGCUCACCAAUAAAAUCUGCCUUUCCGGGGGAUGGCUGUUAAA